AUGGUCCUCUCCGUCAACGACAUCAUUAUGUUGCUCCCACUUGUGAAGACAAAAACAACACGCAACAUGAUCAUGCAAAUGUACAUUUUUCAGUACAUUGAACCACCACUCAUCCCCGACGUUCGCUUUGUGCUGGACAGCUACCCUGACGCGAACGCCCUCUUGGACUUUCGUUUUGACGCGGCCGGAAUCAAACGCCUUGGUCACCUGCUUGGUUUCCCUGCAGUCAUUGUCACACCAAACGAGUCACGGGUUUGCCGCGAUGAAGCAAUGUGUAUUUUAUUGAGCCGCAUGACAUUCCCCCGGCGCUUUCACGACAUGGCUCGAAUGUUUGGGCGCUCGCGAGGACGGCUUUGCGACAUUUUCCUGUACAUGGUGCACGUUUUGUACGAUCGUUGGAACACAAUACUGUAUUUGAACAAGAAACUCCUGCGAAACCGGAUCGACAGCUACUGCCGUGCAAUUUUCCUCAAAGGGUCUCCAGUCCAGAGUGUGUUUGGGUUCAUCGACGGCACAAAGCUCCAGACAAUGCGCAUUUCAGCCACGGGUGACGGAAUGAACUUGCAAAAGCAAAUUUACAGCGGUCAUAAACGCAUUCAUUGCCUGAAUUACCAAGCCAUUUCAGCUCCCGAUGGUGUGUGUGUCCAUUUUUGGGGUCCAUUGGAGGGUCGCCGCCACGACUCGGCCAUGCUGACACAGAGCAAAGUACUGGAAGUCUUCGCUCAGCACCCAGAUGUGUUCAAUGGGAAGCAUAUUUACGGAGACCCCGCAUACGGCGUCACAAAAUUU